AUGCCCUCCGUAUUUCCUCAAAUCUGCCUUGUCCUGCUUGUGACUCCGGUGCCCCUGGCUUCGGCCCGUAAACACCUCGAUUGUCGCAGGUCGCUGGGGUCUGCGCUGCUCAGCGCGCCGGCCGCGUCAGACUUCCGGAGCUCGGCUUCGAAGACACUGGCGUGGGCUGAUUGCCACAGUGUCGAAGGACGAUCUCCAAAGAAAGGGACGACAGAUCUGCCUCCUGCCAUCUCCUGCAACGUCAUCACGAUGCCGGUCCGAGGCGAGAAGAAAUCGAAGCCCGCGAGCUCCACGGUCGCGCGCCUCUCUCCCAACGCUCUUCAUGACGGCGAGCACGCGCGAAAAACUUCGACUCCCGUCGCCGUUUCCAAGAAGAAGGCGGCGGCUGUCUCGACUCCGUCCACGGCUGCUCACAAAAAGGCGUCCGCAAAGGAGCCGAAGGCAGUCAAGGCUAAAUUCAGAGACGGAGGCGAAACUGUCGAGAAGCUGAAGGACUCGAUCGCCAACCUUGAGGAGACGCUCAAACAGCUCCAGAGCGGAGGAAGCAAUGACGUAACUGAGCUCUGCGCGCUUAAGGGCGCCGGGGUGGCGGUCAACCGGCUGCAGGCUCGCGCCGAGCAGGCAGGUGAGGAGCUAGACCAAGCAAGGUCUGCGGCUUUGAUAGUAGAAUUGCAGCGAGCUCGAGCGGAGGUGUUUUCUCUGAGGCGACUGGUUACAGAGGUUUCCGCGGGCAAGGUGCCUUUGCCCGUCCCCGCGGAUUUCUUUUAUGAGCUGAGCCUCGCGUACCUCUCUGGAUCUGAUGUCGCGGCUGCCGGGAAAUCCGUCCAGGGAGGGACACCGGGCGUUGCGAAUGCGGCUCAAGCCUCGACUGCACUGAAGCACGAUUCUUGCGUGUCUCUGAAGCCGUGCGAACCCCUGGCCAUCGACCUCGGCACAGUGGAACAAAGACUCCGCGUUUGUGUUGAAGGCGAGGAACCGAUGGAGUGGAAGGACGUGUAUAGACUGCAUCAGGGACAGUUUCCCGAGCACCUGGGAUCGUCAGAGACUCAGCGAGGGCGGGACGGCUUCGUUGGCCUCUCCAGGGCCGGGUCUUUCGCGAAGGGAGAGAGGUUUCUGCGCACCCCGAGAGAAGGCGGGAUUUCGCUCUUUGUCCCGAAUCCGGUGAAUACUGCCCUGGGGACGCCGUUCAGACGCUCGCAGUCGUGCGCGCGCGAAAAGCGAGGCAUCUGGCCGCAGGCUGUCAUUGCGCAGAAUCUCCAGCAAGUCACAGCAACAGUGCUUGAACAAAGGUUUACGCUGGACAACCAGGCCGUGCUUGUCGAGGAGCUGCAGGACACCGUGAGCCGCCUAGAGAGUCUGCUCGCUGAAGCCAAGGCAGCGGCCGGCGCCCGCGCCUGCGCUUCAGCCACAACACAGCUGCAAACGACAACCGCCUGUCCCGCGCUCGAGCCGCAGAAGCAGUCAGCCGGCGUCUCCGGGCCUCUCUGCCCAGGCCGCGAGGACCAAGCCGCAGGAGCCCUUCCCUCCGGCGUUUCCAAGGUCGCCCCCCGCGACUCGCCUGCGGCAGGAGCCUCGGCGACCUUGCCCGCAAACGGACAACAGGAGUCUACAUCUACGAGACGCGCCAGCUCCUCCCCCUGUGGAGCAGCCGCAGAGAAGGCGCAGGAAGGCACAGGCAGCGGCGCCACUCUUCUCGCGGCUCGGGCUACGCACUCCGAGACCCCAGGGCGCGGCUCGUCUCGGCAUGAGUCGCAGAAGGCGUCGGAAGCGAACUCCGUCGAUGGGCGCUCCGCCAGGUCCGAGGCUCUCAGCCCAGAAGAAGCGAAAGUGCGCCUGCGAGGCCUGUAUUCACUGGCCUUUGGCGCUGAGCUUCCUGAGGAACUUCUGCCACCAAACCAGGGCGCCUUUCGCAACUUCGUGUGGGAAGUGAACAAGGUGGAAAAGACACAGGCUGCGUCGAGGACUCCAGGACUGAGCAGUGUCUUUUCCGGCCCGCCGUCGCCCCCUUCGUCUCCGGUGGAAUUCGUCCCUCGCUCUCUCCGAUCGCAGGAUCUGCCUACAGCCGCCCAUAUCUUGGGACGCGGGAUGUCCUCGGCUCACCAGAGCGGUGCUCACCAGCCGCAUUCUCUGUCGGCGCCUCUCGCGUCUGGUCAGCCAGCGUGGUCGCAGGCGAUGACUCCGGAGGAGGAGCAACUGUACCUGGCCGCGGCGUUCAAGGACGCCGCCGAGAUGCCGUGCGCGGCUGCCGUGAAGCCGUGUCUGAGCUCUCCUGCUUGCCAGUGGAACCGCCGACAUCACGCUGGCCUGUCGCACCGUUCGGCUGGAUCGGACUGCUCGUCGACGGUCAUGUGGAGACACUCGCAAGCUCCAGGGUCUCAACAAAGCCCAGAGAUGGUCACGGAGCUCAUCGGCGCGGAUGUCCGGGGUUCGAGUCUUGGCUCCAAGGCUGGAAGCAUUCCGGCGAGCGAGUCUUACAGGCAAGUUGACAUCUCGCGGGAACACUCAACGGUUAACGGCAUGCACAGCCAGAAAGGACGGCGCCGCGCCUCCCCGUCUUCGGCCCGCGUGAGGGCAGCAAGCUGCUUCUUCUCCACCUGCUGUGAGCGACAAUGCAGCGACAACCUGAGUGUGGCGUCGGGGUCGACCGACAUGAGGCACAGCCACACCAAGCGCCUACACAGCAUGCGAAAGGGCGCGUCCCGCGCGUCGCUGAAGAAGGGGGACACCUUCGAGGCCAUCCGAGACAUUUCCGACUGUUCAGGGCCGGUGAGCACCGAGCGACUGAGCGUCAGAUCUCCACUGUUCCACGCGGCGUCGCCGAGGACGGAGAAACUGCUGUACCAUGCGAAGCGCGCGAGCGUGGAGGGCGCGACAGACCACAGGGUUACAGAGCUUCUCGAACAGGCGAAGAGGGGCGGACAAAUGGUUCUGUCCUAA